AUGGCUAGUCGAUCAUUUUCUCAUUUUGUUGAGAAAGAAAUGGGAAAAUUCCCACACUUUGUGAUCUAUAUGCUUCUUGAAUGGAUAUUAAUAUUAAUACUAUUCCUGGAUGGGUUUCUAGCAUUCAUUGCUAAUGAGUUUGCAAGGUUCUUUGAAUUGAAAAUCCCUUGUUGGCUAUGCACAAGAUUCGACCAUGUAAUGGUUCAUAGAAAUCCAGAUUUUUAUUACAACGAGUCUGUUUGUGAGGCUCACAAGAAAGACAUGUCAUCUCUUGCAUUUUGCCAUAAUCACAAGAAACUCUCGGACAUAAGAAAGAUGUGUGAAGGUUGUUUACUUUCAUUCGCAACCGAGAAAGAAUCGGAUUGCGAUACAUAUAAAUCACUUGUGGGGAUUUUGCAUAAGGAUUUGGAGUGUUUUGUUGAAGAUGGACAACCUAUACAACUGAGUUUGAAAGAUGAUGAUGGAUCCAUGAUGCAGGUUGUUGAUAGAAAUAGCCCUCAAAAAUGUUCAUGUUGUGGACAACCAUUGAAAGUUAAAUCUUCUUCUACAUAUAAUGUUGCCAAAGGUAGAAAUUCUGAAUCAUUUGCUCGAGCCCCGACUCCUUCGCCGCGAGCUUUUCCAUAUUCAACAUCUGAAUCUCAUUCUCUACAAUUACCUCAUAUUGGUUAUACACCACUCAGGUUUAUGUCACAAAAUGACUCGGAGCUUCUAGAGGAAGAUUCCAAGUCUGCCACUGCUCCUUUAUUACCAGAACUAGGGGAUGAAGAUUCAAGCAAACUAACUCCAACAUUUACGAGAGGUAACAAGUUUUUUGGAAUCCCGCUUUCGGAUUCAACAAACAACAGUCCAAGAUGGUCUUACAAGUUUAACAAGAAAACGACAUUAGAAAAGACGGAAUUUGCUACAUCUGAACCCAACGAGGUUCAGAAUGAUUUUGAAGAUGCCAUUCUAAACAAUCUGAAGAGACAAGUUCGUUUAGACCGCAAAUCACUCAUGGCCUUGUACAUGGAAUUGGACGAAGAAAGAAGUGCUUCGGCAGUUGCUGCUAACAACGCAAUGGCUAUGAUAACAAGGUUACAGGCUGAGAAAGCAGCAGUACAAAUGGAAGCUUUGCAAUAUCAGAGAAUGAUGGAAGAACAGGCUGAGUAUGAUGAGGAAGCAUUAGAGGCAACUAACGAAAUGCUUCUCAAAAGAGAGGAAGAGUUAAGAACUUUAGAAGCGGAAUUGGAGUUUUACAGAAACAAAUAUGGUUGCUUAAUAGAAGAAAGUAGUGGUGGUAAUACUCCUUCAUUCAGGAUCAAUGAAGAAGAGAAUUCAGGGAUCAGUUCUAAUCAACCUGUUAAAGGUUUUAAAGCAGAUAAAACAUAUUUGCUUGGUCGCAUGAAAAAGAUAGAAAAUAGACCAUCAUUUUCAGAAAAAGGAACUUACUCUGACCCUACUAUUAACAAUAUAGAUAGUGAUACAGAAAAAGGAGGCGAAGUAUAG